CAGAGACAGAGGGAAGCUGAGCGAAAAUAGACCUUCGCGAGAGAGGAGGGAGCCCGGGGAGAGAGCCGCGCGGUCCGCUCCCCGCCCCCAGGCCGCCGCCCCCUCUCUCUGCCCUCCGCGCCCCGACCCUGGCAAAGGUGCGGGGGGCUCGGGGCGACCGGGCGGAGCCUGCGACUGCGCGCGAUCGGGACCGGGCGGCGGCGGCGGCUGUGGUGACGGCAGCGGGACCGGGAUGGAAGGUUAAGUCCUGAGCAGCGGCAGCUGCCGCAGCCGCCGGAGGGAGACCGGGCUGCUGCUUCCCGGCCCCCUGCCUCGGCCGCCCGAGCGCCGGGCAGCCGGAUGAUUCGCUCUCUCUUUUUGGCGUUUGAAGGGAGCGCUGUGACUGUCCUUGAGCGCGGAGGGGCGAGCUCGCCGGCGGAGCGACCCAGCAAGAGGAGGCGCAAGAGCGGCGGCGCCCGAGCACCCGAGGGGGUCCGAGUCCAGGCAGCCGGCCAGACACGCGCCACAAAGGGAGCGCCCCCGCCACCCGGCACGCCGCCUCCCUCCCCAAUGUCCUCGGCCAUCGAAAGGAAGAGCCUGGACCCGUCUGAGGAACCGGUGGAUGAAGUGCUGCAGAUACCCCCGUCCCUCCUGACAUGUGGUGGCUGCCAGCAGAACAUAGGGGACCGCUACUUCCUGAAAGCCAUCGACCAAUACUGGCAUGAGGAUUGCCUCAGCUGUGACCUCUGUGGGUGCCGACUGGGAGAGGUGGGGCGGCGCCUCUACUACAAGCUGGGACGGAAGUUAUGCAGGAGAGACUACCUCAGGCUUUUUGGUCAAGAUGGUCUCUGCGCCUCCUGUGACAAGCGGAUCCGUGCCUAUGAGAUGACAAUGCGCGUGAAAGACAAAGUGUAUCACCUGGAGUGCUUCAAGUGCGCGGCCUGCCAGAAGCACUUCUGUGUCGGCGACAGAUACCUCCUCAUCAACUCUGACAUCGUGUGUGAGCAGGACAUCUACGAGUGGACUAAGAUCAAUGGGAUGAUCUAGGCAGAGUCCCUGGCACCUUUGGGGAGGUGUUCAGUGAAAACGCUGUCUCUGUUGGGUUCAUUUUUAGGCACUUUGGGAACCUGAGGGUGGGAGAGGCAUGACUUAGGAGACUGGACUCUUCUUCUUGGGCACUAAAACAUAGCAUCCACAUGACAUAUUGCAAAGGCCAAGACUUCAGUGACAAAAGGACCAGCCCUUAGAGAGAAUUUGUGGUCACAGGCUAUCCAUAGUAACUGACAAGAUUAGUGGAGGAAACGUUUGGGGACCAGCAUGCACUGCGCCAUCAUGGUAGGAGUGCCCAGCUAGGCAGUGUUGGGUAAAGACUGUGUGUGACCGUGGCGUUUAUGGACUAGACAUGUGCAGUUACUUUCUUCCUGGCUUUGGAACUACGCUGUUCUAGCCACCGUCCUUCACACGAGAGAAGGAAAGAGAGAAAAACAGGCAUUCUUUUUUUCUUAGUCACCUUCCCAUGGCCUAAAGCUUUGGAGCCAGGGGAAACUGCAUGGAAAUACAUUUCUGUUGGGAAUGAAAUACACACCUUCCAAUCGAACAAAUAUUUAAAGCAAAGUUGAUGAAUCACCGUUUUUAGACACCUUCAUUUUGAGGUGAGGCACCCCCACAGAUUGUUUCUAUACAAAUGUAAAUCUUAAGAAGUCAAAGUUGUUCAACUAUUUUAUUAUAUUAGAUUAUAUCAAAGUAUUUGUUGUGUGUCAUUAAAAAAAAACUUGAUUCUGAAGACUUAAUAAAAAUGACAAGCUAAAAUACCAUGCUGUUGGUGUGA